GGGAGGCGGAGCUUGCAACGAGCCAAGAUCGCACCACUACACUCCAGCCUGGGCGACAGUGAGACUGUGUCUCAAAAAACAAAAAACAAAAACAAACAAAAAGGAUUCUGAGAGGCAGGACAAGCAGCAGGAGGAAGUUGAGGUCACAAGGGGCAAAACUUUGAAGAUGCUAGCAAGAUUUAGUUAAGGACCACAGGCACAUAUAGUUUUAGCUAUAUGGUAUUCCAUGAUGACUUUUCCAAGAACAAUUUUUGGGGAGGAGUGGCAGCACACUGAGGUGGCAAGUAACAAGAAGGUGGAGCCUGUGAGGACAGAUGGCUUCAAGAGUUUGACUGGAGGGGAGGAAGGGGAGACUAGAGGGACUUGGGGUGUUGGGAGGUAUCUAAAGGCAAGUGGCUUGUAAGUGCUUAAUUGCUGGAAAGUAGGGGGAAGGAGCUUGGAAAGGGAACAGUAGCAAAUAUGAAGGGGACUGCAGGGCAGUGUGAGCCUCUUGGAAGCCUAUUGGCAAUCACAAGAGGGUGGCAACAGUGCCCCCAAGUGAGGGCACUGAAGAGCAAGUCCAAGGUGAAGUGGGACAAGGAGAAUUGAGGCCUUCAAGUCAGGGUCUGUGCAGUCUGUAACCAGUCUUGGCACCACCAUUUCUGUGCAGGCCGACUGAAUCCAACUGAUAGUCCCUGAAAAGGGUGAAGUCUCUCUUCUCUGGUCAUGGGGCAGGGUCUACCCAUAGACUUCUGGGAAGGCCAGAUGUGAGGUAGGCCAGGGAGUUAAUAGGUAAUGCCCCCAAACAGCUCUCAACCCAUGACUAAUGGAGAUUUGAGAAUGAGUACCUCAGCUCCCCUUGCUCUUGGGGGCAGCAAUAAUGUAAGGCCUAUGUUCUAUGCUGGCUCCCAGAAUCCCCAGCAGGAUUUGGUCCCAAUUGCCCACAGUGGUAGCUUGCUUGAUGACACUUCCUUUAUUGGCUGCUUUCCUUGUCUCCUUGCCACUGCUGGUGUUUCUUGGCCUCACCUCUCAUACUAACUAUAUGCAUGUAUAUCUUUGUCCAAGUCUGCUUUGGGGAAACUAAGAUAAGCAUUGUCCAUGAAAGGCGGACAAGGCAGUGAGCAGACACAGACAACUGCAAGGACCUCUUCCUACAGGUACCACUGACCUGUACAAAUGGGCCCCCAGCUUGAAGACUUAGCUAAUACUCUGAAUGCUCAGAAGAUAGGCAGGGCCAAGGUCUGGGCCUGAUGUAGGUGGGCCCCUGUCACACCAGUUUGCUCUUGCUUGACCCCAGAGUUGGUUAGAGGCCAGCCCAGGAUCCUAAACAUGUAUAGUUAUAAUAUGCCUUGGGACUCGGAGUAGUCCAGGUCUCUCAGGCCCUACAGAAUGAGGCCAGAGUGACCCACUUGGGAGGUCCCCUGGUCUCUGACUCUUCCAGCACAUCCUCUGCUCAGUAUCACUCCCUUCAGGAAUUCUCCCCACCCAGGUUUGUAGAAGGGUCGGUACCUUCUGUUCCUCCACCCCCGCUAGCCUCAGUGUACACUGUAAGACCUAUUCCUGCUUUAUGCCCAGGUAAGGGCGACCCAGGCUGCCCCCACAUGACAGAGGCCCAGGCCAUACCCCCAGUGGCCUCCAGGGGGCGCCGCCGGGAAGCCUGUCAUUGGGCUCCUGGGAGCUCAGCGGAGGGGGGCAGGCGCCGGCCCCCCAAGCCCUCAGGUUCGGCUGGCCUGCUCUACAUAGCCUGCGCACCCAGGCUGGGUAGGGCUCAGAACUGCCCCUUGCCAUACAGGUGUUGUGUCGCUUGCCGCUGCCUCAUUUCUACUCCUGCCCGAGGUCGGACGCUAAAUUCUGUCAGGCCCAAUGUCCACGUGUCCGUUUAUCUGUUCGUUUGCGUGUGACCGUGGAUCGGCACGCCCUGCUCCAGCUGCGGCAUGUGCAGGGUUAAGGCGGGCGGAGGUUUCUCUGAGUCGCAGGGGGAGGGGGGCGAGGGGCGGACCUGGCCCAGCCCCGCCCCGCGCCGGAGCAGUGCCGGAGCCCCACCAGAGCCCGACUUCAGCCCCAGCCAGAUCCGGCGUCAGCGGAGGCCGAACGGCGGACCCCUUGCCCUAGCUGCGUCGGAGCACCGGCGGGUGAAGGCAAGGUCCCUGGACUGGUCAUAUACCUCUUGUGGCCCUGGCAGAAUCAAGAUGAGGCCCUGUCAUGCCACCCCAGUGAGGCCUACAGUCUGAGCAGACAGCAUGGCCUGCCAUUGGCAGUGAACACCAUGUCUGCAGGAGGUGGCCGGGCCUUUGCUUGGCAGGUGUUCCCCCCCAUGCCCACUUGCCGGGUCUAUAGCACAGUGGCACACCAAGAUGGGCAGCUGCUGGUGUUGGGGGGUUGUGGCCGGGCUGGACUGCCCUUGGACACUGCUGAGACAUUGGACAUGGCCUCGCACACAUGGCUGGCACUGGCACCCCUGCCCACUGCCCGGGCUGGAGCAGCUGCGGUAGUUCUGGGCAAGCAGGUGCUAGUGGUGGGUGGGGUGGAUGAGGUCCAGAGCCCAGUAGCUGCUGUAGAGGCCUUCCUGAUGGAUGAGGGCCGCUGGGAGCGUCGGGCCACCCUGCCUCAAGCAGCCAUGGGGGUUGCAACUGUGGAGAGAGAUGGUAUGGUGUAUGCUCUAGGGGGAAUGGGCCCUGACACGGCCCCCCAGGCCCAGGUAUGUGUGUAUGAGCCCCGUCGGGACUGCUGGCUUUCGCUACCCUCCAUGCCCACACCCUGCUAUGGGGCCUCCACCUUCCUGCAUGGGAACAAGAUCUAUGUCCUGGGGGGCCGCCAGGGCAAGCUCCCGGUGACUGCUUUUGAAGCCUUUGAUCUGGAGGCCCGUACAUGGACCCGGCAUCCAAGCCUACCCAGCCGUCGGGCCUUUGCUGGCUGCGCCAUGGCUGAAGGCAGCGUCUUCAGCCUGGGUGGCCUGCAGCAGCCUGGGCCCCACAACUUCUACUCUCGCCCACACUUUGUCAACACUGUGGAGAUGUUUGACCUGGAGCAUGGGUCCUGGACCAAACUGCCCCGCAGCCUGCGCAUGAGGGAUAAGAGGGCAGACUUUGUGGUUGGGUCCCUUGGGGGCCACAUUGUGGCCAUUGGGGGCCUUGGAAACCAGCCAUGUCCUUUGGGCUCUGUGGAGAGCUUUAGCCUUGCAAGGAGGCGCUGGGAGGCAUUGCCAGCCAUGCCCACUGCCCGCUGCUCCUGCUCUAGUCUGCAGGCUGGGCCCCGGCUGUUUGUUAUUGGGGGUGUGGCCCAGGGCCCCAGUCAAGCCGUGGAGGCACUAUGUCUGCGUGAUGGGGUCUGAAGGCCUGGUGGGAGCUGUCCACUGGAGCAGCUCAUUGCCAGAGGCAGCUAUUUCUAUGGCUCCUUUUGCUGCUGAGGACACUCACUGUGGCUCUGUGGGAUGAGAGAGGCACAGGGGUGAGCACUUGAGACACUGCCUUGGGGCCUUGGGUUAGGGGAGCCUUUGCCUUUAGUGCAGGACACAUAUGCUUACACCUACCUUUAUCACCAUUCGUUCAUGAAUCAUGCCUAGCUCCAUCCUUGCCCUGGGACCUACUAGGCCUUCCAUCCAACUGGGAAAUGGGGAGAAGGAAAGCUGGCCUUAUGUUCUUCAGGGUCAGUUCCUAUCUGGAGUUGACCAGGCCUACCCCAGUUGCCAUUCCUGAAAAAUCCCUGCCAGGCUGCCUUUAGGGUCCCUGUAGACCCAGGAGAGUUGAGAGGGUGGGGGACACAGAGAGAAUAGAGAGGAUGUGGGACCUGCCAGAGGGCCAGAGCGCAGGAGUUCAAGCAGAGGAAUGCUGGCUUUGGGCCCUCUACGCUGCUGGUUGUAAGACCUUGGACAAGUCACUUCACUUCUCUGUGCCUCAGCAUCCUCAUCUAUAAAUGGGGAUCUCUGAAACCUUCCUACCCUACCUACCUCACAGGGCUGUUGUGAGGACCCAGGGAGUUUGGAUGUGGAAGUAAAAGUGCUGCUAAAACCUA